AUGGAAGCUAGCAAAUAUUGCCAACGGAAAUCGAACAGUUUGGACUACCAAAUAAAGAUGGCUUUUGGUGCUUUCUCCUGCCUUGUUCUCGUUGCAUUUCUCUUUGCCAAGACUGUGGUGGCAGAAGGUAGAAGGCUCAGCCUUGGCCAAUGUGAACUCAACAGUGUAUCUUUCAGAGAAUUAAGGGACAACUUUGAUGCAAUUAAAGAAAACGUACAAACCCAAGAUAUCAGGACAGAUGUGAUUUUACUGAAGGAAAGUGUCCUACGGGAAGUUCCAAUGUCAGAGAGUUGCUGCUUACUCCGCCACCUGCUGCGGUUUUACGUUGAAAGCAUUUUCAAGCACUAUGAACCAACAAGUAACCUGCUAAGAAGGAAAACUAGCACUUUAGCCAACGCCUUCCUCAGCAUCAAGGCAAAACUCAGAGAAUGUCAUAAUCAGAACAAAUGUUCUUGUGGAGAAGAGACUAACAGAAGAUUUAAACUUGUACUGGAUGAAUAUCAAAAGCUUGACAAGACUACAGCAGCAAUCAAAGCUCUGGGAGAGAUGGAUGUUCUCUUCGCCUGGAUGGAAGGCUUCUAG